UUUAUUUUUUGAAUGACACUAAUUCUUUUUCUCAAGGGGAAAUAUUUUUCGAGGUCGAUUAAACAAAGCGUUGGAAUUAUUCAAAGCCCAGUUCCUCCUACGCUACAUUUAUCUACAUUAGUUACAGUGUUGAUGUUUAGUCUUUGUAAUUCAUCAGUUUCGAAGAGGCCAACAUUUUAUUGUUGCAGAUUUGUUCUUCUCGUCCCUCGCAGUUUGAUCUUGGGUCUUGGUUUUGUUGGUUUAAUCUCAUUAACUCUUGCUAAGUUGCAUUUUAAUACUUCAAAGUGUAAAAUGUUUAACCCAAUCGAUAAAUCCUUUUAUUUAGGUCAUGACAUAGUUUAGGAAAAAUGAACACAUCUUAUGGGUUAUGAUAAAGGGAUAACAACUGGAAUAAAGAGAGUGGACAGCUUUGAAUCUGACAGAAUAAAAUGGAGCUGUCCAAUGGAAAGCAUAGUAAAGGGGAGAAACAAAAGAAUGGCAUAUGGAAAAUGUAAAGAUGCCAGGAAAAGUCCUAUUACAACAGUAAUUACUAUAAAUAUGGCUUUAAUUCAACUCCUGCUCAAAAUAUAAUUUUCUCAGUUUAGGUUAAAAAAAAAAAGUUCCACCAGUCUUAGUCUACAAGAGACUUAGAUAAAACAAAAGGAUAAAUGCAGGUUGAAAUGGAAAUAAACAAAAAAAGGAAAAGAUGUACUAAACAAUUAGAAGCUAAAAAUGCCAGAGUGGCAGUUUUUAUGUCAUACAAAAUAGAAUUGAAGGCAAAAGGAGAUCUUGUUUCAAAGAGGAUGUUAUUUACUGUCCGAAGGAACCAUGGAUCCAGAAGAUAGGAACGUAACAUGCAAUUGACAGAGUAGCUCAAACGGGAUACAGUCAUCACUGAUCCCCCAGUGCUUGAUCAGAGAAAGAGAACCACUGGCGGGGAAUGCAGUUAGGGUGCACUCUGUGGAUUAAACUUUAGGUCAUCGUGGGAACUGGCAGAGAAGUCUGAGAAGUGUCAGAGUCUGUUUGAUGUUUGCCUGCUACCAGCUUUCAGCUCUCACAUCCUCUUUCUACUUCUGCCCCACAUUUGGGCAAGCUGAUUACAAAAAAAAAAAAGCCCUGGGGCACCUGGGUGGCUCAGUUGGUUGAGCGUCUGCCUUCGGCCCAGGUCAUGAUCCCAGGGUCCUGGGAUUGCGUCCCGCAUCGGGCUCCUUGCUCAGUGGGGAGCCUUCUUUUUCCUCUCCCUCUGACCCUCCUCCCCGCUUGUGCUCUCUCUCUCUCUUUCUCUGUCAAAUAAAUUUAAAAAAUCUUAUUAAAAAAAAAAAAAGCCUACCCCUCCCUUGGCCCUGACCUGGUUUGAACCACGCAAGCCCAGGCACCCCACCCCACAACCACAAUAAAAACCAGGGCCAGUCACUGCCACCCUCUGUCGGCCGGAAGAGCCACUUCCUCCCAGCUGGGGCUCCGCUCUCUCCGCAGUCUCUUGCGCCGCAGUGUGGGGCAUACAGUGCUGGCAGCCCCUGUCGGUGCACAUGUGGCACAUUCAGCCUGGGCUGGGGUCCAUUCCCACUCCCCAGAGUGAGCCAUCACCGAGGCUGCAACCUUGGCCUGCUCUUAGGCCUGAAGUUGCCGUGGACCCGCCGGCCAGCAGAGAGAGAUGAGCUGAGCUGAGAGAGAAGCGGAGAAGGGUAGAGGUGGGCUGGAACCCACAAGGACAACCUGGGACCCCUGUCUGUGUCUCACUCCUCCCAGGCUGGCUAGUGCUGCAGCCCCCCGUUGCCACUGAGUUUCACACUCCUGGCCCAGGCCUUCGAGAAGCUGAAGGAGGAGACACAGCCGAAGGUGGGCUUGCUGCAGUCCUGCCCUGUCUGCGGGCUGAGCCAGCAGGUGCACGUCCAUGAGCUGUUAGCACUUCUGGCGCCCGUGCGAGCAUUACGACAUGGCUACUGGUUCACUUUGGCCUUCCAGAUCUCACACGGAUGUUUCUUGGGGCCAGCGCCCACCUGGAGGUGUACAUGGAAAGGACUUGUGGGACAGUUCCAGCUCAGCUAAGUUGAUGGGGUACAAGGCCGCCUCACAGUCUAAGGGACACUAGGCAGCUCAGCAGUCGUAGCCGGAGCACUUUCCACACCACUCUCAGAAACUGAAAGAGGGGCCCGCCUGGGGGGCUCAGUCGGUUAAGCGUCUGCCUUCGGCUCAGGUCAUGAUCCCAGGGUCCUGGGAUCGAGCCCUGCAUUGGGCUCCCUGCUCAGUGGGGAGUCUGCUUCUACCUCUGCUGCUCCCCCUGCUUGUGCUCUCUCUCUCUCUCUCUCUGUCAAAUAAAAUCUUAAAAAAAAAAAAAGAAACUGAAAGAGGAAGGAGGCAGGAAAUAAGAUAGAUUUGAAGGGCAUGAUUAAUAAAUGUGAGCUAACAGCAAUCCAAGGCACCCAAAGGGAAAAGAUCUUUGGUAUACAUGGAACAUUUACAACAAUUGACUAUGCACUGUGGCACAAAAGAAGUAGGAAAUCCUAGUGAUCUUUUCUCUGAGUACAAUGCAAUGAUGCUAGAAGUCACAAAUAAAAGGAGAGCUAAAAUCAUCCACAUAUGUAGGAACUCAGUGCAUAUAAUAACCAUUAGGUUAAAGAGGAAGUUGUAAAGAAAAACAUGCAGUACUUAGAACUGAUGGACAGUGAGAACACGACACACCAAAAUGUGUGUGACACAGCUAAAUUAGCACUUGAAGGGAAAUUGACAGCAUUAAGUACAUUUCUUCAAAAACAAAGACCAGAAUUACAUGGAUUGAGUCUUAGUAAGAAGGAAAAGGAGCAACAAAGCAAAUUUAAGGUUAUGUGGAAGAAGGAAUAAUAAAGGUAAAAAGACAAGGUAGCGAUACAGAGGCUGACAACUACCACAGAAAAUAAAAGGGAAGAUUAACAAAAGUAAAAGCUCAUCUUUAGAGGGAUAGAGAGAGAUUUCUGCCAAGAUUAGAAAAAGAAGAUGCCGGACCUACUGCGGGAGGGUGAGGGACACCACGAAUUCCGUCUGGAGGCACCUUUGAGCUCGCCAAGUAGACACCAUGAGCAAAGCUCACCCUCCCGAGUUGAAAAAAUUUAUGGACAAGAAAUUAUCAUUGAAAUUAAAUGGUGGCAGACAUGACCAAGGAAUAUUGUGGGUGUUUGAUCCAUUUAUGAAUCUUGUGAUAGAUGAAUGUGUGGAAAUGGCAAUGAACAAUAGUAGGCAACAGAACAAUACUGGAAUGGUGGUAAUACGAGGAAAUAGUCUCAUCAUGUUAGAAGCCUUGGACCAAGUAUAAACAAUGGGUGUGUUCAUGAAAAGAAAUCAACUGCUUCCACAUGUCCCCUCUCCAUUGUACCUGUUUCACUCCAAUAUAAAAACCAGGUCGUGUGCAUUUUCAUAUUGAACUUUUUUGUUAAGUGAACUUUUAUAAUAGUCAAAAAAAAGAAGAUGCGUAUAAAAAUACAGAAUGAUAAAAGGAAAAUAACUAUUAAUAGCAGUGCAUUUAUUGGAAAAUUAAUGAUCGUAUAUUUGAUAAUUUAGUCGAAGUGGAUAAAUAUCUGGAUAAGUAGGAAGGUAUCAAAUUGAGGCAAGAAAAGUGGAAAACUUGAAUAAGUAAACAUUGAAGAAAUUAAAACAACUUAACAAAGAUCUCUUAUUUUUUUUUUUUUAGAUUUUUUUUUUUUAAUUUAUUUGAGAGAGAGAGAGAGAGAGAGCACAAGGGGGGGAGCGGGAGAGGGAGAAGCAGACUCCCCACCAAGCAGGGAGCCUGAUGCGGGACUCGAUCCCGGGACUCCAGGACCACGACCUGAGCCGAAGGCAGCCACCCAACCAACUGAGCCACCCAGGCGCCCCAACAAAGAUCUCUUCUUCAAUAAAGCCCCAGGUCCAGAUGGUUUUAUAGGUGCAUUUUGCCAAAUGUUCAAAGGACAAAUAAUCCCCAUACUGGAUGAGUUUUUGUGGGAUAUAGUAAAGAGAUGAGCUGCUCAGCCUUGUUGGCAGAAUUGAUAAUGAUAGUGCAACAGGGAGAAAAGCCAUUUCAUGUAUGACCACGUGAAUAUCCUGAUUAAGGUGGUAGCUAACUGAAUCUCACAGUAAUAAAUAAGUGCUUUGUGAAUACAAUACAAUGUGUUUAUUCCAGAAUGCAAGGAUUUUUUUUUUUUUUAAGAUUUUAUUUAUUUGAGAGAGAGCAUGAGCGGGGGAGAGAAGCAGACCCCCAAUGAGCAGGGAGCUGGAUGUGGGACCUGAGCCAAAGGCAGACGCUUAACCACACCGAGCCACCCAGGCGCCCCCAGAAUGCAAGGAUAUUUUUAACACCCAAGUCUCAGUCACUGUAAGUUUUAGGAUAUCAGUGGACUGAAAAGAUGAACAAUUACGUUAAUUUAUUCAUCAGCUACUUACUGAAUGCCUCUUGUGUGAGUUGCUGUCGUAGUAAAAUGGACCAGGCCACCUCGGAGCCCUCUGCCGCAGCCCGAAUCUGUGAAUUAGGCCAGCACCUCAGGGAUGGAUCCAGGCUGCAUUUUGCAGCAUGAAGCCUAAGCAUGCAGAGCACAUGGCCACAUGUGUUACUGAGACUCAAGUUGAGAGGGGAGAGGGCAGUGGGAGGACAGGGAUGGGGAGGUGAAGGGAGAAAAAUUGAAUUCAUGGAAAUAGAAUUGCUGUGUCAAGGGAUAUGUAAGUUUAGGAGGCAUUUAAUCCAUGUUGCCACGUCAGCCACAGGAAAGGCGAUCCUUUAGCUCUAUCAUGUCUUCAAGCUGCUAAAAUGUUCAGUAUCGCGAAAUCAGAAAUUGUUACACAGUCUUAGUAACUUCUUCUAAGUCCCUUUUUUGUGUUUGAGAUGGCAAAGGUUUGUAAAUCCAUGAAAAACUGAAAACACUUGGUAUGAUGUACAUAUGAUCUCUUAUUU